CUAUAAAUAUAUAGAAGAAAAAAAAGCAACAAACAAGAAUAAAAAUGUAUAAUUGAGACAUUUUGAAAUAUGUUUUAGCACAGCAACACAUAGAGUCACUAAGCGCACCGAAAAAAAAUACCGAAACUCAAUUCGUAAAUUCCAUAAAAAAAGGAUUGUGUAAAAAUUAGUGUAGAAUGUGGCAAAGUUUACUGUUGUUUUUGCUCGCGAGCAGCGUAUGCGGCGCAGCGCAGCGCAAAGUGGAUCAUAUCAAAGUGCUGUACGAGGACAACGAUAGUAGCAAGGAGAGCGAUGACGAUUACUACAACGAUAGCAAUAACGAUAACAAUGGCAAUAGCCAACGCGAUUCACUUAGCGUCGAUAUCGAUAUCGAUUAUGCUCGACAAAGGCUAAUACCCAGCUAUUCAUCAUAUCGAUCAGCCUCUGCAUCCUCGACCACGCCCCCCAUCGCCCACUUGCGACGCGUGCCGCGCCACCCAUGGGUGUUGCCUCGUUUGGGCAACGAUAAUCGUCUGGAUGCCAGCGCCGCCUUUGAUGAGGAGGGCUAUCAAUCAGAUCAGGCGCCUGGCUCGAUGACCGCCCAGAAGCUGCAGGAGGUGGGCACCCCAGAGGCAGUGCAACUGAGUCGUCGGCGCUAUCAGGAUCAGAUCAGAAUCAGAACAAACGAAUUGAACAACCUGGCUCGCUUGCACGAGAAGAGCAUGGAGAACGAGCCGCUUUGCAAGCGGCCGCAGGCGCGAGUGAUUCGCAUGAUGAGCGAAACAUCGACGGUCUAUUCGCCACGGGCCACUGUGCUCCAUCGGUGUGACGAGAACAGCAGCUGCUGCUCCAGCAACGAGGUGUGGGCCGUCAAGAACCAGACGACCGUCGACAAGGUGUUCUUUAUGCGCUCGAUCCACAGCCGGCACAGCAAGGCGACAAUAGUCUCGAUGACCAACCACACCGAGUGCCAUUGCAUCAAUCGGCCAGCGCAGAGGCGCAAGCGUAGCUCCCAAUGCGAGUGCCCCAAGCACUUUAUAAACUUUGCCAUGACACCAAGUGGCGCCAGCAGCAGCAGCAGCAGCAGCCCCAGCACAACGAGUCGCUGCCGCUGCGAUUGCCACCUGAGCAACAUCACGUGCCAGCGCAUGAAGAACGGCGACGAGGGAUUCGCCGUCUCAGAGCUCAAAUGCAUUCGCAGCAACGAGUGCAGCCCGCCCAUCUGCAGCUAUGGCGUCUUCAACCUAAACAUCGGCCGAUGUCCGCGCUCAACGCAAUCGCAGCCACGUCAACUGGGCUUUGGCUAAGCUAGGUUGAGCUCCGCUGCGAUACAUUCAGUAAUUCAGAACUGUGAUCAGUGCACAGUUCUGAAUUACUGAAUGUGUCGCAGCGGAGCUUAGAAGCAGUCGAACAUCAUCAAUAUAUAUUCCAGAUUCACGCCCAUGCUGGAGGUGUGCAGAGUUCUGAAUUACUGAAUGUAUCGCAGCGGAGCUUAGAAGCAGUCGAACAUCAUCAAUAUAUAUUUAUAUUUUUCUAUUGUUUUUAUUUUUAUACAAAUGAGCAAACUUAGGAUUAAAGAUAAGUCAGUCACCAAUACGAACCUCUCCAUGUCCUCUAAAGUUGUCCCGAAAAAGAAUUCCCUAUAGAAUAUUCUUUGAUUCGCAUGCAUGCAUUUUUUGAGAUUAAAAGAAAACUUUCUCAUCACAUGAAAAAUAUACGCUACAUAUAAAUAAUUUAAUCAUCAAAAAUCAUGUGAUUGAAAUAAAAUAAUAUAUAUAAAAGAUUCAAGCUCCAGUUGUUCACUAGAUCUUAUAUCAUAUCUCAUUUGAUUAAUACUUGGAGCAACAACAAUGAUUGAUAUGAUAUUAAAUUUAAUUAUUUGAAAGUUAUCAGCACUCAUCAAUCGUAUGAUUGAAUCUUUAUAACACUUAAUUAAGAAAGUUUUCAUAUGCUCUUUAUGUUUUCCUCAAGAUUUCAUUCAACUGUGUUUGUAAAAUAAUUUGCAAUAUUUGUAUGCAUCAAUUUUAAGAAUAGUGCCAUCAAUCCCACGAUUGAAUGAUUUUUCUAGAAACUUUCUAAAUAUUAAAUUAAACUAUUUAGCUCUUAGAUCUUAUUCAAUGUCAUUCAUUCAUUUAUGUCUUCAAUUAACUCUAGAGAACGUUCCAUUCAUUCGCAGUCAUCUUGUAAUUUCAGUAAACAUAUUGAAAAAUUAAUGUUAUAAUAAUUCUGCUAUUAGGCGUAUGAACCAAAACACCUUGAAAAACAUCAACAAGAAAAAAAAAACCAAACACAGUCAAAAAUUUCGGAAACGAACAAAAAGUAUUGAAACCAACUAACAUUCAAUUGUACUUAAGUUUCGUGUUUAAGCUACAACUGUAACUACUUACUAUAUAUAUAUACAUCCAUAUAUAUAUCUGUAAACUUACUUAUAUAAAUAUCUAUUACAAAUUACGAUUAAACGAUAAAGCUAGUCAGCGAU